AUGAGCCGAUCGAGUGCACCGUCACAGCAGCAGCCUCUGUUCGAUGUAGACGGACCAGAUUUGGAGCCCGAGUUCCAGUCCUGGCUCCGAAGUGAAGGCCUAUCCACGCAGCCGCUCCUGUUACGACAUUGCGGUCGGGAGGGUCGCGGCCUGGUGGCCAGCCGCUCCCUCAGCCGUGGGGAGGUGCUCGUCAAGCUGCCGGACCACUUGGUGAUCACCGCGGAGCGCGCGGCGGGAGAGUGGAGCCUCCUGGCGCUACUGCUAGCGGAAGUGAAGGGGCGGCUGGCGGCGGGCGACCGCUCCUCCCCUGCCGCCGCGCGCUGGGGCCCCUACGUGGCGGUGCUGCCACAGCGGCCCGGGACGCUGCUGGACUGGCCAGCCAAGGAGGUCCAGCAGCUUCUCCGCGGCUCCCCCCUGCAGCGGUUGGCUGACUCCAUCACCUCGGCCGCCAGCGCCUCCUGGCGGGAGCUGGAGCCCCUAAUUGCCCAGGGCAGGGCGGACGGCCUGGUGCCCGAACACGUACCCCUCUCCAAGGGCGACCUGGAGUGGGCCUUCGGAGUGCUGCUGUCUCGCUGCAUCCGACUGCCCAGCCGGGGAGACCUGCAGGUGCUGGCCCCGUGGGCGGAUCAACUGAACCAUGACGUGUCUGCGGAGGAGGGCUGCCACCUGGAUUGGAGCUGGGACGUCGCGGGCCCCGCGGUGCCGGGUGGAGACCGCGCAGGAGGGGCCACCAAGGGGGCGCUGGUGCUGCGGGCGGACCGCCCGUACGCGGCAGGGCAACAAGUGUAUGUGUCGUACGGCCCCAAGAGCAGCGGUGAGCUGCUUCUUAGCUACGGCUUCUGCCCCCCCCCGGCCAGCAACCCGCACCAGGACUGCAGGCUCAGGGUGGCAGUGGACCGCCAGGGCGACCCGCUGGCGGACCUCAAGGAGCAGGCCUUGGCCCGACACGGUCUUCCCUCGGAGCUCGAGUUUCCUUUGAAGUUGGAAGGUAUUCCGGAGGGGCUGUUGCAGUACCUGGCUUUCCUGGAUGCCCGACCAAAAGUAGCGCAGGAGACGUUCGAAUUGGCAUCUGUCCUGUUUGAGAGCGGCGGCUUUCCCCUUCUGGACGGACAAGACACGCUGGUGCUAGCGCUGAGGGGGCUCAGCAACAGAUGUACGGCAGCCCUCAAAGCCUAUCCAACCUCUAUGGAGGCGGACCAGGCGCUAGCAGCAGGAGCUUUAGCCGCUGUCACCAACCGCCAACAACAACAAGAACAACAGCGACGGGCCCGUGCACCCGCCCGGGCCCGGAACUACCUCACCGCCGAGUCCCCCCCGGCAGCGUCGCCUUCGCUCUCAUCCCCGGAUGCUCCCCCCCUGGAGCUGACCCUGGGAACGGAGGACGUGUUCGUCAGCUCGGUGCUGCGGUCCGCGGCAGUGGCCUCGAUCCGGGUACGUGAGCGGCAGAUCGUGCAGCGCACAUUGGCGGCGGUCAGUGGGCAGCUGGUGGAGGCGAAGCGCGCGGCAGGCAGGUCGCGGCGGCGGUGA